UCCCCAAGAUUUCAACGUAACCCAGAUUUUAAUCCUCCAUCAGCAUAUAAUGACAUUGCCUUGGUAGAAUUAGAUCGGCCAUUUGAAAGAACCCGAGAAGGGCACUUUAUUGCACCAGCUUGCCUACAAACCGCUAUUGGUUGGGGAGAGACUAGUUUUCGUGGUCCAAACGCAGCGCGUUUGAAGCAUAGGUCCUACUCAAAAACAGGGAAAAGAAGAUUACUGAAAGGAGUUGAUGAUGAUAGUCAGAUGUGUGCAGGAGACGGACAUAUUGAUACUUGUCAGGUGAAUACUAUUUAUGUAAAUGUCGUGAGUACAGUAGGUACAGGUUACACAGUAAUUGGAAUUACUUCUUUUGGAAAACCUUGUAUCCUGACUAAGAAACCAGGAGUAGGAUAUACAAGAGUCUCACAUUAUAUUGAGUGGAUUGAAUCUAUUGUUUGGCCAAUCAUCAAUUUUGAGUAAAUUGUAAUAAUUAAGCUGGUAUUGUAAAAGAUAUUGUUUUUGAAAUAAAAAAGAAAAUUUCGUCUAUAAUAUAA